AUGUCCCGUAAAAAUAAAGUCGCUUUCAUUCAGAAUGAAGAACCAGCUUUCAUCAAACAGUUUAAGGAGAGGAUUGGUUACAAGGAAGGACCGAAUGUGAACACGAAACGAGACGAAGUUGAGUAUGACGACAGUGACGAUGAAGGGAGGGAAAAAGAGGAGGAGAAGCCGACGGUCGUUGUUUUAAAACCGGGAGAUAUUUCUCAAGAAGAGGCUGACAAAAUCAUGAAAGAAGCCGAAGAGCCAGCUCAUAAAAUCGGUGAAAAAAUAACGUUUAAAAAACCUGUGAAACGAACGAAUGACUCAGAAGAAAAUGGA